CGCUGGGUUUCAGUGCCGCAGGUCGAGGGCUCUGUAGCGCAGUCAGGGGUACAGCGUUGUUUUCAAACGGGUUUACACACCCCCAGCCCAACAGGUCGACCCGGAGAAUAAUAUCAUUAGCAAGAGGAACUGCUUGUCUGGCAAUGAAGUGGUUUCCUGGAAAUGUGAUCACAUGGUGGCCUUGAUCUCACGACUCUGUUAGAAGACGUCUCUGAUAAUGUCCAGCUCGGGCUACCCUCCAAGUCAGGGAGCGUUCAGUACAGAACAGAGCCGCUACCCUCCCCACUCAGUCCAGUACACCUUCACCACCUCCCGGCACCAACAGGACUUUGCAGUUCCAGAUUACCGCCCUCAUCUGCAGGAAGUCAGCAAUGCUUCCCAGCUUCUGCAGCAUCAGCAGCAGCAGCAGCAGCUUCGGAGACGGCCCUCGCUGCUGUCUGAGUUCCACCCUGGCACCGAUAGACCCCCUGAAAGGAGACAUGUCUAUGAGCAGCAGUUCCAUGCGGUGUCCUCACAGUCUGACCAUGAAGCUCUGGAGUCUAAGCGCCCGCGAAUUGAGCAGGUUUCAGAGUCUCAUUUCCAGCGGGCCUCUGCUGCUGGGGUCCUGCCCCUGGCGCCAACUCUGUCAGACGGGUUAAGGACUGCCGGCGAUGUAAAAAAGGAGGCUUUAUUUGCAUUGAAAGCAGAGACGCCCUCCUCCCCAGGUGUCCAGCCGAUAGAUGAACCAGAUGCCUCUCCAUCAAAGCUGUCCAAGGAGGAGCUGAUUCAGAGCAUGGACCGUGUGGACAGAGAGAUUGCCAAGGUGGAGCAGCAGAUCUUCAAACUCAAGAAGAAACAGCAACAACUAGAAGAGGAAGCAGCUAAACCUCCUGAGCCCGAGAAGCCCGUUUCGCCGCCUCCAGUGGAGCAGAAGCACCGCAGCAUUGUUCAGAUUAUCUAUGAUGAGAACCGGAAAAAAGCAGAAGAAGCUCAUAAAAUAUUUGAAGGCCUGGGUCCCAAAGUUGAGCUGCCCCUCUAUAAUCAACCAUCAGAUACGAAGGUAUACCAUGACAACAUUAAAACGAACCAAGUGAUGCGAAAGAAGCUUAUUCUGUUCUUUAAAAGGAGGAAUCAUGCUCGGAAACAAAGGGAGCAAAACAUCUGCCAGCGCUACGACCAGCUCAUGGAUGCGUGGGAGAAGAAAUUGGAACGGAUAGAGAAUAACCCCCGGAGGAAGGCCAAGGAGAGCAGGACCAGGGAGUACUACGAGAGGCAGUUUCCUGAAAUCAGAAAACAGCGCGAACAGCAGGAGCGGUUUCAAAGGGUUGGCCAGAGAGGCACUGGGCUUUCUGCAACUAUCGCUAGAAGUGAGCACGAGAUUUCAGAAAUCAUCGAUGGACUCUCUGAGCAGGAGAACAAUGAGAAGCAGAUGCGCCAGCUCUCUGUGAUCCCCCCAAUGAUGUACGAUUCUGAGCAGCGGCGAGUCCAGUUCAUCAACAUGAACGGGCUGAUGGACGACCCAAUGAAGGUUUACAAGGCACGCCACUUUAUGAACGUCUGGACGGAUCACGAGAAGGAGAUCUUUAAAGAAAAGUUUGUGCAACAUCCAAAGAACUUCAGCCUCAUUGCGUCUUAUUUAGAGAGGAAGAACGUAGCAGACUGUGUUUUAUAUUACUACUUAACAAAGAAGAAUGAGAAUUAUAAGACCCUGGUGAGGCGUAACUAUGGACGACGUAGAGGAAGGAACCACCAGCAACAAAUUACACGUCCUUCGCAAGAAGAAAAAGCAGAAGAAAAGACAGAGGAGGAGAAAUCCGAAAAAGUCGAGAAGAGAGAGGAAGAGGAGAAAAGGGAAGAGGAGGAGAACGAUGAUAAAGAGGAAUCAAAGGACAUCAACAAAGACAAGUCAGACGGCGCCGGAGAGGAAGAGGAGGGGAAGGAGCAGGCCACUCCACGGGGAAGGAAGACUGCCAACAGCCAGGGCCGUCGUAAAGGCAGGAUCACUCGAUCGAUGGCCAAUGAGGCAGCUGCAGUGGCCUCAGAGGAGCCACCCCCUCCCCCUCCCCCUCCCGCCCCAGAGCCUGUGCUGCAGGAAAUUAAAAGCAACAUGUUUCAAGCACCCAAAACUGAGCCAGUGCAGAAGUGUGCCCGGGAUCAACCCAAGACUCCACUGGUAGCAGUGGAAAUGCAGCCACAGAGAGCUUCAGCAGAGCCUGUGGAGACCUCCCGCUGGACAGAGGAAGAAAUGGAAGUGGCCAAAAAAGGAUUGGUGGAGCAUGGGCGCAACUGGGGAUCCAUUGCCAAGAUGGUGGGCACCAAAAGCGAGGCCCAGUGCAAGAACUUCUACUUCAACUACAAGAGGCGUCACAACCUGGACAACCUGCUGCAGCAGCACAAGCAAGGCUCCAGGAGGUCCCGGGAGGAUCGUGAUGUGUCUCAGUGUGAAAGCGUGGCCUCCACAGUUUCUGUACUGGAGGAGGAUGAUGACAACGAGGGCUCCAAUGAGGAAGAGAACCCAGAAGACAGUGAAGGUGCUGAGAACAGUUCAGACACAGAGAGCGCACCGUCCCCUUCCCAAAUGGAGACCAGCAAGGCGGGCGAGGGGACGACACAGAACUCUGGCAACAAUCUUCCCAACAGUGAGGCCCCCCCUGAACAGGACUCUGCCUCCAAAAGCAGCUCCUCCUCACCCUCUGCGACAGCAGCCUCUAAACCCAGCGAGAGCCAGUGCUGCGAGCUGCAGGUGAAGGAGGAGACCAGCCCAGAGGCAGCAGAGUGCUCCGGGCAGGACAGUGGGGCCCAACCCCCCUUCGAACCCCAAGUGCAGACCAAAGCAGAGCCCAUCGAUGUGGACUUGAAGCCCACGGCCGACGUGCAGGUGAAAGUGGAGGCCGAUACCAAAGACAAGGACUUGGAGAAGCACUGGGAGAAGGGAGAGCUGGAGGAGAUGGGGCUCAACUUGUCCCAGCGAGGGCAGAGGCGCCAGUCCCACUCGGACAACGAUUCUAGCGCCACCUGCAGUGCAGAUGAGGAUGUGGAUGGGGAGCCAGACAGGCAGAGGAUUUUCACUCUAGACAAGCCGUCCCUGCUCAACCCCGCCGGGUCAGUGCUGGUGAAACAAGGACACAUGGACAUGCAGCAGCUGCAGCAGCGGGCAGCCAUGAUCCCCCCCAUGGUCAGUCAUUAUACUGGUCCCCAGUUUCAUAUCAGAUUUGCAAAAUCGGAGAAAAGUGGAAGCAGUCAGCAGGGUGAAAAUAUCGUGUCUUAUUUAGACCAACCAUCUAACCACGUGUCAGGCACCUAUGGCUCUGCCAGCGUCCAGGCUGGGAACACGAUGAGCGGCCUGGCCUUGUUCCAGCGCCACAUCAAAGCAGUGCUGGAGUCGUCCCAGCAAGAGGAGCGGCAGAGACAUGAGCAGGAGCCCCAGGAGAGGCACAGGGCCAACAGCCCGCGAGUUGGUACCAAGAGCCCCAGCGUCGUGGACCGGGAUGGUAAACCCUUUGCCUAUAUGCCUUAUGAGAUGAAGCUCUCAAUGGAGCAGGAAGCCCAGGUCAUCAGUACGUCAGCCAGGUCUGCGUCCCCUUACAGGAGCAGGGCCUCCCCGCAGCCUGACGUCAAUGCCCCUCGUUACAGCGUGCCACCAGGUAACUACCUCAGGCACAGGUACCCCCUACCCCACGAUGUCCGAGCCAUUGACACCUCCUCCUUCCCUCAACACACAGUUCUACAGCCUGCUCCGAAUCACGUUCUUCAGAAUCUCUCGGAUGGUGCACGAGUGCCAUUUUCCAGAAACAUGAGACCUCGCAACAUUCCUUCCCCUCCCCCGCUAAUACCAUCAUCCAAAUCUUCCGACAAGCCGUCCUUUAUCAUGGGAGGAUCCAUUUCACAGGGCACUCCUGGAACGUACUUACCUUCUCACAGCCAAAGCGCUUAUUGUCAAGAGGCAGCUAAAAGCUCUGUAGGCUCCAUAUCUCUGGGACUGCCCAGACAGCAACAAGACUCUGCAAAGACUGUAUCUUCAAUGCCGUACAUUAAGCAGGAGGAGUUUUCUCCCAGAGGUCCGAGUGCACAGCCGGAAGGCCUGCUGUCCAGGGCGCAGUAUGAAGGAGUGGUGAGAGGUAAUCCAAUGUCUACCUUCCAGGAAGGAAGCAUCACACGAGGGGCUCCCAAGGUAGCAGACCUGCCAUUCCGGGGCUCAAUCACUCAGGGUACUCCAGCUCUUUCCCACCCGGGCACUCCCGCCGACGUGCUCCUAAAAGGCAACAUCACCAAACUGGCUACUGAGGACGUCAGCAGCCCAGAAAAGGCCAGAGAGGAUGCUCUUUCCAAAGGACAUGUUAUUUAUGAAGGCAAGAGUGGGCACAUCGUCUCUUAUGACACUAUUAAGAAUGCAAGAGAAGGCACAAGAAGCCCAAGAACAGGCCCGGAAUUCAUUGGGGUGAAGCGUUCCUAUGAUAUGAUGGAGGGAGGAUUGCCCAGAGGUCACGCAUCCUCGGUCUCUGCACCUUAUGAAGGUUUGAUCAGCCGAGCGCUGCCAAGAGACAGCCCACACGGACCGGAGUCAAAAGAGAGGACAGUCCUCACUGGAUCUAUAAUGCAAGGUACUCCAAGGGCAUCGGUUGAAGCUUUUGAUGAAGGACACAAAUACGGCAAGCAGAUUAAACGGGAGAGUCCUCCCAUCUCCAAGGGCCAAGGAGUGACGACCAUUAAAGAGAUGGGCCGCUCCAUCCAUGAGAUCCCCAGACAGGACCUGCUGGGCCAGGAUAACCGCAAGACCCCCGAUGGCAUACAGAACACAAGGCCAGUCAUAGAGGGAUCCAUCUCCCAGGGUACGCCAGUCAAGUACGAAAGCAGCGGAGUGAGCCAGCCGGCCAUCAAACACAAUGUGAAGUCUUUCAUCAUCGGACCCAGCAAGCUGGGCCACAGCAUGCCCCAGCUGGAGAUGAUGUCUGAGGGGAUGAAGGUGGUGGAGAGGGGGAAGUAUGAAGACAUGAAGACGUCGGACCCCGUGCGAGCACGCUCCGGCCCCUCUGUCCUUCGCUCCACCCUGCAUGAAGCCCCAAAGUCCCAGCUAAGCCCCAGCAUGUACGAAGAUUCCAGCACUCGGAGGGCUCCUGGCAGCUACAGCUCCAUUUCCAGGGGCUCGCCGAUGAUGGGCAGACAGCAAGAAGGUGGAAUCCCACCUGGGAAGCAGACCAGCCACGAACGGAAGAGCACUGUGACCCCGACGCAGCGGGAGAGUGUCCCUGCCCACUCUCCCGUGUCUGGAGGAGAGCCCGGGCCUCCACACAGCCCCUUCGACCCUCACCACAGGGGCGGGGUGCAAGGAGAGGUGUACCGAGCCCACCUCCCGCACCACCUCGACCCCACCAUUGCAUUCCACAGGGCUCUCGACCCAGCGUACCUGUUCCCAAGGCAGCCCUCCCCAUCAGGCUAUCACAACACAUAUCAGCUGUACGCUAUGGAGAACACGAGGCAGACCAUCCUCAACGAUUACAUCACCUCCCAGCAGAUGCAGGUUAUCCCACGGCCCGAUGUUGCUAGGGGACUGUCGCCACGGGAGCAGCAGGUGUCUCUUCCCUAUGCACCUGGAACGAGAGGCAUUAUUGAUCUAGCCCAGAUGCCUCCUACUAUCAUGCUGCCUCACCCAGGGGGUACAAGCACACCCCCCAUGGACCGCAUCAGCUACAUCCCUGGAGCGCAGUCCCCCUUCCCUACCAGGGGCUACAACGCAGCCUCCAUCUCUCCAGGGCACCCCGCCCAUCUCGCUGUGUCCGCUGCCAGCGUGGAACGAGAACGAGAACGAGAGCGGGAGCGCGAGCGAGAACGCGAGAGGGAGCAGAGGGAGAGGGAGAAGGAGAGAGAGCAACACGAGAGGGAGCAGAGAGAGAGAGAGCGGGAGCAGAGAGAGCAUCGAGAGCAGAGGGAUCGAGAGAGGAUGGUAGCUGUGGCCAAUGCCACUUCAAAUGAAAUGGCUUACAUGCGGGCAGGCCCUGAGCAGCCUGGCAGGCCUAGUAGCCAUGGGUACGUGCGUUCCCCCUCCCCCUCUGUGAGGUCACAGGAGAGCAUGGUGCAGCAGAGACCCAGUAUAUUCCAGGGAACAAACGGCAAGAGCGUCAUUACCCAACUGGACCCGUCACGCAUCAUUGCUCCCUCCUCCCAAGCCCAGGGCUUGCCCACCUCCCGGUACAGCACUGCGGCUGACGCCCUGGCUGCCCUGGUGGACGCUGCUGCCUCAGCCCCUCAGAUGGAUGUGGCCAAAGCCAAAGAGGGCAAACAGGAUUCGGGCCGCAUUGAUGAGCUGGCAUCUCGACGGGCAGCCAUGCUGAGUGAACAACAGCAGCAGCAGCAGGAGCAGCACCUCCGCCAACAGCAGCAGCUCCAUCAUCACCACCAACACCAGCUCCAGCAGCAACAUCAACACCAGCUCCAGCAGCAACAUCAACAGCAGCAACAGCAGCAGCAGCAGCAAGCAAUGGAAGCUGAUCGCCGCUCCAUGCAGUCCCCUUACGCCCAUGUCUCUCUGCCUGGAGGGAAGCCCCCUGGCCCCUCAUCCUCCUCAUCAUCUUCCUCUUACGGGGAGAGCAGUAAAGACAAGGACCCCCCCACGAAGUCCCGAAUCGAAGAGGAGCUGAGGACCCGUGGAAAGACCACCAUCACGGCAGCCAACUUCAUCGACGUCAUCAUCACUCGCAAGAUCACCUCUGACAAAGACAGCCGGGAGAGGGGCUCCCAGAGCUCGGACUCGUCCAGCAGCUUGUCCUCAAAUCGCUAUGAAGGGCAGGGUGGAGAUGCUGUUGAUGUCGUCAGUCCAGCCAGCUCUCCAGCACAGGCACAGGAUAAACCAGAGACAUCUUUCCAGCAAGAUGUGCCUCACCCCACUCAGGCAGAAAGUGAGCAGCAUUCUUUCGAGUCUCAGAUGAGCCGGUACCGCACCCAGCAGGAAUCGCCCUCCCCUCCGCAGCCCCCUGCAUCUCAGCCAGAGAUGUACGGCCAGGUCCCCAAAACACACAGGCUCAUCACCUUGGCAGACCAUAUCUGUCAUAUUAUCACCCAGGACUUUGCCCGAAGUCAGGCCGCAAGCCAGGCAGCUCCACAGACGUCCUCUGCAGCUACAUUCCAGAACGCAGCCCCUUCGGCUCCUGCUUCAUCCUCCAGGGGGAAGGUGCCAAGCCGCUACACCCCUGAGAACCAGGGCCAGUCGUCACAAGCACAGCCAGCCCAACACCAGAGACCCUCAUCCAGGGUCUCCUCAGAGAAUGCUUCCGACAAAGGCAGGGGAAGGCCUGGCAAGUCACCAGAUUGCGGGCACAUGGAGUCUUAUGAGCCCGUUUCACCCCCACAGUCCUUCUCAGCCAUGGAGAAACAGGAGGCCCUGCUGCAGCAAGCACAGAGACGAGAGGCAGAGAACGCAGAGCCCAGGACUGAUUCACGCUCCCCUGGCAGUGUAAGCUACCUUCCCUCGUUUUUUACCAAACUUGAAAGCACCUCCCCAAUGGUGAAAUCUAAAAAACAGGAGAUAUUUCGUAAGUUGAACUCCUCUGGUGGCGGUGAUUCUGACAUGGGAAGUGCCCAGCCUGGAACUGAAAUAUUUAAUCUACCAGCUGUAACCACCUCAGGCGGCGUCAGCUCUAGGGGUCAUUCCUUUGCAGAUCCGGCCAGCAAUCUGGGUCUGGAAGACAUCAUCCGGAAAGCUCUGAUGGGCAACUUCGACGACAAGCAGGAGGAGCACCUGCCUAGCUCCAUGGCAACGAUGAACGAGGCCCGACGAGAGGAGGCCAACCCCUCGCCCAACCCCGCUGUGGGACCUGGUAAGCAGAAAUUAGUUGGGAAAGCAAACAGCAGAAAGUCGAAGUCGCCUAAUCCUGGGCAGGCUUAUGCUGAAAGGCCUUCCUCCGUGUCCUCGGUCCAUUCAGAGGGAGACUAUCACAGGCAGACCCCUGCCUGGGCCUGGGAGGAUAGACCCUCUUCCACAGGUUCCACUCAGUUCUACAACCCCUUGACCAUGCGGAUGCUGAGCAACACCCCUCCCACCUCAAUGGCCUGCGCUCCCCCCAGCAUACAGGCUCAGCCAGCCUCUCUCCAACAGAGCCUGCAGCAGAAUCGCAUGUGGGACCGCGAGCCUGCGCCUCUCCUCUCCGCACAGUACGAAACCCUGUCUGACAGUGACGACUGAGCCACUGGGAAAGCAUCAGGAAACUCCCCUUGGUCUGCUGAGCGGGAGGUAGGGAGGGAGGCGCGCUGACCAGGCCUGAGGAUUGGAAAGCGAGGGAGAUGACAGAACACAGAUUGAGCCAAACGGGAGCUCUUGAGCGCAAGCUUGAGGGAGAUCAGAAGCCAGUGGAAAGAACUGUUCUAGAAAAUGAAUGUAAAGGAAGAAAAAUAAAUAAAAAAGACUUGUUCCAGUUCUGUUUGUAAAGAAAACCUUAAUGUCUUUAAGUCAUUGUAUGUAAAUAGAGAGUACUUUUUUGCAGUGUUUUUUUUUUCCCGUUAUUGGAAAUCGGUGCAUUCAACAAGAGGCCUCAAAUUUGUUUCGGCACCCCAAAAGAGUACUUAAAAGACUUCAUGUAAUCGAAAUCACGUUUCAAGAAGCUCCCCCAGGACUCUUCAUGUGGAUAUUACAGGCCAUUCCAGCGCCACCUACUUGCCAAAAAGUAAAUCACAAUUCAUAUUGCAGCUUCAUUGAAAAUUCAAAAUGCAGUUUAAAUUAUUUAGCAACACUGUGGAAAUAAUAAUGCAUGGGUAUGUUAUGUUUCUUUUUUAUUAGAAAAGAGGAAAGGCUUGCCGCAUUGUUCUGCAAACUGGGCAUGAACUGUCCAAAGUGAAGAUUUAUAAGCUGAGUAAUUAUUGUUUGAAUUAGUUUUCAUUUAAGAAGCUGUCUCAUCUCCCAAGCCUAUACAUCUGUACUUUGAAACAGAAUGUAACCGUGAAAACAGCGGACAGGGUUUGAGAACUGAAGCUCUGGGUGCGUGUUUAAAAUUUCACUCCUGUGUUUCCUGAUCAAGUUCAAUAUAAAGCUUUGGCUUGUCCAUGUGGGCUAUUUUUGAAGUACCAAAGUAAGAGAAGCCGAUGGAAGUGUCGAAUGUUGUUUUGGGUGGAUUUGAUAUUGUACAGCAGGUGAUUCCUGUCUAAAAUAUUUCUGUAUAAUUAAACCGAUGCACGUUUGUUGCACUUUUUUGUUGCUUUACUUUUACGAAAAUAUAUACAGAUAAUGCUUGCCUCUAUGACAAGGUCGUCAAGUGUACUAUAAUUAUUGUGUUGCAUCAAAGCCCACCUGGACAUGCAUCUAAGCAAUUUCUCUUGCUACAAAUCCAUUGUUAAAUAUAGCUGCUAUAAAUAAUAGUAAGACGUGAUCAUAACCUGCAUCUCUGGUACAGUUCAGUGUAGUGCUGCUGCUUUAAUGCAUCCCUUGAUUGUCUCUUUGAAUUGUGGCAACUUAUUUUGUUUCAGGAGAAGUCACAUUUAUUAAAAUAUUGUUUUUCGAUACAGUUACUAGUACAAGAUGAUAAAAACCAAACUUAGCUUUCGGUAGUGAUUUGGUGUGCUUUGUUGUAUGGAAAAGCUAGACACACAUUCAUGUGCCUGCUGCCUGACUUUUUUGGUUUUUCUAAACCCCCAGAGCCGAUGUUCUGUAACCUCUAAUUCCCUUCUUGCUCUCAAUCUUACCCUGUGUUUUUAGCAGGGUGUUAAGUGUAAUGUUGUUUACAACAUAAAAAAAAAGCUUCUUUACAAAAGAGAAAUCUUAAAAUCAAUAAUUACAGUGAUCAUAAUACUCGGUGCAUUAAUACUCCGUCUUUGCUAAAUAUUUUAGUGGUUAAACUUGGGUACGUUAAAACCACAUGCAUCACAUGUUGAAAUUCAGUUUGUAUCGCACAGUUGUCUCUUUAGUUGUCAAUGACAAGAAUUCAGACCAAUCAAUAAAGUGGAUCAGUUCUCCACCUGG